AUGAUCACACGAAACAUACUACGACUAUCAAUCAGGAAUUGGAAUUGUGCCCGACCAGUCACUAGCUUUCUACCCUGCAGACGAUUUCUCAACACCACACUACCACGCCAACUCCGAGGCAGGAGCACCAUUAACCAAUUGAUCCAAUCAAACACACAACUGACCAUGUUCCCCAUCCAACGCAAUAAUCGGUUACCCUUACGUACUAUAGUCAUAUUAAUUGUUGCGUCUAGCUCACUCACAAUGUUGUUGUUUGUGGCAGUGCAGUAUAAGAAGUUUCAGGAUGAAUUACUACCGGACGGGAAAUCAAGGAAACGAUCGAUAUUCCUCCCACUAUGGUUCAAUGGCAAUUUAUUAUACCAAACCACAUAUGGAUUCCCACAUGGAUUAAAAUACUUUGACCCAGAGUUUUACGAGUACAUCAUGACUGAAGUGCAACAAUUAAACAAGGAUGGUGAAAUACAGGGCCACCAUGACAACUCUGUAAAGCAAUUUUGCCAUGCAUUACAAGAGAAGAAUAUCAAGUAUGCCGUGUUGGAAGGUUUAUCAGCCAAUCGAGAAAUUCGACAAAUAUUUGGUCUUCCAUUGACCGUGGAUACACAUCCAAAUAGUGAUGGCGAGCUUAAGAUAUGGGUGGAAUCAAAAUAUCCCAGUGUUUCCGGGUUGCAAAUUGACAUUACGAAAACUGUUGACACUAAUGGUAGCAACAACAGUAAAUUUGAUUUCCAUUGGAUUGUGAAACCCAUCAAUGCAGUAUCAGUGAUCAACAGUGCUAUGACACUGACAGGUUUGGGUUUAGACCGGUUGGAGAGUUCAGAAGCCAACAUCAAGACCCAUGAACAGGGGAGUGGGAAAGUGCAUGAAGUAAAGAUGGACAAGGAGAAAGUGAACUUGAACAAACAACGAGACUACGCAAUUCAGUUCCGUGGUAAAUUCAUGGUGUCAGACAAGUCAAUGGUGAGAGUUGGAGUGGUGGAAUAUUGCGGGACAAUUGAUUUUGACCAUCUAAUGAUCAAUCGUGGGGUAAAGAUAACAGAUAUGGAUAUGAAGCACGAUGGUGUGUUGUAUAAAGUGAUGUAA